UUCCUUCAUAAUACAUCCUCAUACCUCGACACUCGUGAGAUGGCGAGUAAGGAGAUGAAGGAUCUUCGGGAAAAGUACAACAAGGAGACUAUUGAGGACCACCAGAUGGCAAUGACGGGUGGAACUGAGACAGAUCUUCUCAAAUGCGGCAAAUGCAAACAAAAUAAAUGCACCUAUAGUCAGGCAAAGAACAAUAUCUUUCGCCUCUUAGCUCCUAGCUAG